UGUUAGGAGUCUUCAGACUAUGAUGGUGCAUAUGAACAUGCAUAUAUGCAUCCAUAAAUGUAUGACGAGCUCCACCAUGAUCAUACAUUUUAAUGAUCUAUAAACAGCACAAAUGAACAGUGGUGAGAGAUCGUGCUCUCCGCUUCUUUGCCUUCUUUUAUUUACUAGAAGUCUAGACAAAACAGGGCACGUCUCUCCUGAGCUUGCACCUUUCUUUCGCAACUCAUAAUCAAGAAAAAGCAGAUCAGGGUUGUGCGCGCUGGUGGUUAAGCUGUCAAUCCAUCAAUCAGUCAAUCUGACCAAUCAUCAUUCAAACUUCGAAGGAAAAUAAGAUAUAAAAAAAAUGUCCUCCUCUUCUACCCUGGCCCUGGACCACUUUCCUCCCUCGGAGCAGCUCUGUUAUGUCCAUUGCAAUAUUUGCGACACUGUCCUCGUGGUCAGUGUUCCUUGCACCAGUUUGUUCAAGACUGUAACGGUAAGAUGCGGUCACUGCACUAACCUCCUGCCAGUGAAUAUGCGAGGGUUGCUUCUGCCUUCGGCUAAUCAAUUUCAUCUGGGCCCAUCAUCUCUUUUCUCUCAUCCCCCUAGUGUUCUGGAAGAUCAGAUACCAAAUCCAACCCCAAACUUCUUGAUCAACCAAAGCAAUGCGAGUGACUUCACUAUGCCCGCUAGGGGAGGAGUAGUUGACGAGCUUCCACGGCCCCCAACCAUAAAUAAACCUCCAGAGAAGAGACAGAGAGUUCCCUCCGCCUACAACCGCUUCAUCAAGGACGAGAUCCAACGCAUCAAGUCAGUAAAUCCCGGAAUAUCCCAUAGAGAAGCCUUCAGUGCCGCUGCCAAGAAUUGGGCCCACUUUCCACACAUUCACUUUGGUCUCAUGCCUGAGCAGGCUAUGAAGAAGACAAACGUGCGCCAGCAGGAAGCAAAUCAGGACGUACUUAUUAAAGACCAUGGGUUCUUCGCUUCAGCUAAUGUGGGUGUUUCUCCUUAUUAAAGAAAUAAAGCUUCUGCACGCGAACGUUCAUCAUGAGCACUGGUUGUGGGAGAUCGAACAUCUUGAAGUUCAGAUGUAGUAGUACUGUGUCAAAUUGAUCUAUAUAUAUAUAUUCGCUAAUACAUGAUUACUUCAUAACUGGCCUAUGAUCUGCAAGUACUUAUAAAAGCUGUUAAUGUUGGCACUUCUCUAGCUAGAUAAGUAGUACUACUUAAUUUAGAUCUUCGUCAGUUUCUACUCGAUCUCUUGGAAAACCUAAUGGUGGAAGAUCUAAGUCUUCUAGUUAUGACAUCUCUCACGAAUAUUGUCGUUUUGGCUGUUAAUGAUCAACUAUAGUUUGCCUAAUUAUUGAUAUUUUAAACUCUUAA